AUGGUAACUGAGUUCCUAGGCCGCGUGCACAAAGCGGAUAAAGACAAGUACGGCGUGGGGUAUUUCCAACCAGACGACUGCGACAAUGAGAACACGACGUGUGAAUUCACGGCGUAUCCCGAGUACGACAACCUCAAGGAAGCUUACAAGACCACCAAAAAUUCGACUGUCGAAAGGGAUUCAUUCACCCCCACGAGGACGUCCGCCCUCAAGUGUCCAUCCGCACUCUCAAUGGACCUGCCAGAGACGCCCGACGUUGAAACUUUGUCGUGUUCCGUUGCUCAGCCAGUGUGUGGCGGCCAGAAGUCCAACGACUUUGACUCCGGUACACUGGCCGAUCUCAACGAGGGCAAAACUGCGUCAUCGUCGACUGCAGGUGGUUCCUCAACGUCUGCAACGGACAAAGAUAGCGCUGGUAGUCACCUCACCAGUUGA